CUUGAAGAACGACCCAGAACUGCAGCUCUCGCUCAAGACGUUGCACUGUGGGUGGCAUCCUCUGCAAUUUGCAAGCACAGCACACUGUGAAUCCGAUCGUUUUCAAAGAAGCAAGAAAGCAUUGAAAUGUGAACGGACUCGUGCAGUUCACAUUCUUCAGAAUUUUGCAAGCAUGGAUCGCCGCGGGGCCUCGCUAACCGCCUUGGCCCUCAUUCUUCUUGUCUGCAACAAUGCAUUCCUGGCGCAUGCUUAUGAAGCAAAAAGCAGGCCCGCAGUGAACAUCCGCAAGGGGCUGGCUUUGGGACGGACAGCAUCUUACUUUGCUGCUGCUGGUGGUGAAAGCUUUCCCCCCGCACCUUUGAUGCCAAUCCCAAAUGCAAGACAGUUGAAGUGGGAGCGAGGGGAACUUUCCAUGUUCCUCCACUUUGGCAUCAACACUUUCCACGACGUCGAGGUUGGGAGCGGGAUGGAGGAUCCCGCUUCCUUCAACCCCACAGAACUCAAUGCAACACAAUGGGCGGAGGCCGCAAAGCAUGCUGGCUUCCAGUUUGUUGUCAUAGUUGCAAAGCACCCCGAUGGCUUUUGCAACUGGCCGUCCAAGUACACCACGCACUCUGUAGCGGCCAGCCCCUUCCGUGGGGGUAAGGGCGACGUGGUGCGCGAGGUCUCGGAUGCCGCGCGCGAGGUGGGGAUAGGAUUCGGGCUGUAUUUAGCCCCCUGGGACAAGCACGAGCCGACGUACGGGAACACGAGGCUGUACAAUGAGUAUUACAUGGGCCAGCUGACCGAGAUAAUGUCAGAGUACGGCCCAGUAGAGUACAUAUUCUACGAUGGCGCGAAGGAGGGGGGGCCUGAAAUGCAAUACCACUUCGACCAGAUCUUUGCGCUCAACCACGAGUUGCAGCCGACGUGCUCCAUCUUCUCGGACAACGGCCCGGACGUCCGGUGGGUGGGCAACGAGGCGGGGUGGGCCGGAACGACCAACUGGGCCACCAUUGACCGCAGCAAGGUUCCCAUUGGCGGCGGCUACACGAUGCCCGCGUACCUAGCCUCCGGCGAGGAGGGCGCCCCCGACUGGGCGCCGGCCGAAUGCGAGACGACCAACCGGUACAACCAGUGGUUCUGGCACACGGACGGCGUGGUACGUACCGUCCCCGAGAUGGUCGCCAUCUACUUCGCGACCGUCGGGCGCAACUGCCACCUGUGCAUGAACGUGCCGCCGGACCGGCGCGGCCUCAUUCCCGACGAGGACCUGGCCCAGCUGCGCGGCUUCCGGGCGACCCUCGACGAAAUUUUCGACACCGACUUGUCCGAAGGCGCGAAUGUGUCCGCGAGCAGCGUCCGGGGGGGUGGCGGCAACCCUGAUUUCGCCCCCCGGAACGUGUUGGACGCCGAUCCGGAGACGUACUGGGCGACGGACGACGAAGUCGCGGACGGUUACGUGGAGCUGGAGCUGCCGGAGGAGAGGAAGUUCAACGUUAUCAGACUGCAGGAGCCCAUCUUUUUGGGUCAGCGGAUUGCCGCCCACACCGUCGACAUCUGGAACGGCGCCACCGAGUCGUGGGAGACCGUGGUCAGAGAAACGACUAUCGGCAACAAGAGGUUGCACUUGAUUAAACCGGUGUCAACCAAGAAAGUCCGCUUGGUCAUCCUGAGGUCACGGGCUUGCCCGUUAUUGUCCUCCAUUGGGCUUCAUUACUAUAAAGCGGAGACUCUGCCGGUUGUGCACCGCGAGUCUAUGCCGUUGCUCGGGAUGAGAAACCUGGUGCAAUAGUUGGUGCAAUAGUCGACUGUACGAUGCCUUAGUCAGUGUCUACUUUUGAGUGAGAGACUGCGAAUCCGAUUGGCAACCGUUAUACCACCAGUUGAGGAACUGACUGUGCAUGUUGUUGCAGAUAAACCCGCAAUUCCCUUAUAAUGCGUAGCUUGCCAUUGAAUCGGACACCAUCAUGAUUCGGAGCAAUCAAUGUAUGUUCUCUCGUUGGAAUCAUGUUACGGCCUCCCCCUGAUGCCGCCACAAUGAUUACACAGUAGAAAGCCA